UUUUUGUGUACUACUUGCUUCUUGUUGAUGAAUUUCUAAAAGAGCGUCAUAAACUGCUUCAUAUAAUCGCUGCUUUUUUAAUGUGUUUUCUGUGGUUUCUUGAGUUGCAAGAGCCCCAGGGGGAAGCCCCACUUUGCUGAAUUCCUCAAUUUUUCAGGAAUGAGUCAUUUGCAAGGAUCUUCUUCACUUAAACGGAAACGACAAGACCUGGCUUUAGUGACGGGGUCUUUGACAGAUGGUGAAAGGGUAUUGUAUAAUCUCAUCCAUAGCAAGAAAGACAUGGGAAUCUGGACAGGAGACAUGAAACGAGAAACAAACCUGCCUGACAGCAUAGUAAAAAAGUCCCUGAAGUUGCUUCAAUCCAAGAAUCUGAUAAAGGAGGUUGUUAACAUUCAAAACAAAGGGAGAAAGCACUACAUGGCAGCAGAGUUUGAACCUUCUAAGGAAAUCACUGGUGGGGUUUGGUAUAAUCAAGGGAGACUUGAUACAGAUUUCAUAAACCUUGUAAAGGACGUGUGCUUGAAGUACAUUUUCAGGCAGAAAGUUGCCACACGUGAUGGAGUUAUGGAGUGGAGCAGAAAGAGUGGUGUCUUCAAUGUUGAAGUCACAACACAGCAAAUUGAUGAGAUUUUGCGAACUUUGGUUUUGGAUGAUGAGAUUGUAGAGGUGAAGAGCACUGGAUUUGGGGAUUUUUCAUCUGUUCCUGUUGGAAGAAUUUGUUACAGAUGCAAAAGCAAAGGUGGCAAUAGAGGGGAACAGAAACCUGGUGCCAUGGCUUCCAUUCCAUGUGGAGUUUGUCCACGAAUAAACUUCUGUACACCAGAUGGCAUUAUCUCUCCAAGAACUUGUGUAUAUUAUCAGAAAUGGUUGGACUUCUGAAGGAUUCUGGAUUAAAAAAAAAUCAUAGGUUUGAUACGACCCUCCAAGUGUUCACUCUCAGCUUGCAGCUGUUGUGUUUGUAUUGUAAACUCAUGUAUCAAAGCUCCUGUAUUAAAAUCAAGUGCACUGGUUGGAACUCUCUAGUCAGUAUUGCCGGUUGGUGUUCAUCCUUAUUAGAGAAAUCCAUCUUUACUAGACUAGAAUUUUAUGAAUCCGUGAAAAAGACGAAAGGAAUGAAAAAUGAAAAGUUACUCAUUCUGACCAUCAGACAGAUUAAAGACGUAUGUUGUCUCUGUAGAUUCGUGUUGCUUUAGAAUAUAUUGUAGUACUUGUACAUAAUCUUUUGUUGAACUUGUUCUCGUUGCCAUGAGAGUGAAUGUCACUGGAUAUUCCUUGUAGUACCUUGACCAAUUAUUAGAGUUUUAAUGUGGGAUAUAGAUAUAUGCUGUAAUCAUAUCAUUGAAUCCCUGCCUGCAAGAGGGCAGUACAUGUAGAGGGCAGUACAUGUAGUAAAAGUACUUAGUUUUGUUCCUA